AUGACACGCAAGAACGCCACCCUCUCCAAACGCCGCUCAAAACCGAGCCUCAAAGUAGCAACCGGCCAAAACGGCUAUGCGAAUGGAAACGGGACCGGCAAAAUGAACACCAAUAUCGAAAUGCGCAAGCGCGACACCUCGACCGAGUCUUCCGCCGAGCGUACCUCACGCGUCCUUCAAAACCCCCACUUCUCCCUCGACAAUGAACCUGCCGUCGUGCCUCAAACCCCCGUCCUCGCGACGACCAGCUUUCACAAUCUCCCGCGCAAUGAUAAGCGGAACUUCCUCCUGCUAUGCGUGUUAUACUUUUUGCAAGGUGUGCCGAUGGGUUUAGCGACAGGCUCCGUGCCCUUCCUGCUGAAGCCCUAUCUGUCCUAUGGGCAGAUUGGCGUGUUCUCGCUAGCCUCGUACCCAUACUCGCUCAAGUUGUUCUGGAGUCCCAUCGUGGACGCUGUGAUUGCGGGCCUGGCGAUGAUUUACUUGGGUAGUCAUAUUGGUGAGAUGAUGGAGCAGGCUGGUGCCAAUGGCGGUGCGGGCGUCUGGAACUUUACCUAUUGGUGGUUCCUGCUGGUGUUUUUCUGUGCCACGCAAGACAUUGCUGUGGACGGGUGGGCGAUUACACUCAUGUCGCCGCCAAACAUCUCCUACGCUUCCACCGCUCAGACAGUCGGUCUGACAGCUGGCCAUUUCCUUUCGUAUACCGUGUUCUUGGCAUUCAAUUCCAAGGACUUUGCCAAUCGGUGGUUCCGCGCGGUUCCCGCUGAAGGUGGCUUGAUGUCCCUGGGCGGGUACUUGACCUUCUGGGGGUGGACAUAUCUCAUUGUAACAUUGUGCUUGGCACUGCUCAAGAAGGAAGACCGCACCAAGGAGCGUGACAGCAUCUUGGAUGUGUACAAGAGCAUGUGGAGUGUUCUCAAAUUGAAGAACAUCCAAACUAUCAUCUUGAUUCACCUGAUCGCCAAGAUCGGCUUCCAGGCCAAUGACGGCGUGACCAGCUUGAAAUUGCUGGACAAGGGCUUUGGCCAAGAUAACAUGGCAUUGGUCGUGUUGAUCGAUUUUCCCUUUGAGAUCAUGCUCGGCUAUUACGCGGGCAAAUGGUCCACCGAGUAUACUCCGAUGCGGCUUUGGGGCUGGGCCUUUGUCGGCCGCUUGGCAGCCGCGGUCUUGGCCCAAUUCACCGUGAUGAUCUAUCCCAGCGGCACAGAUGUACCGUUCUGGUAUCUGUUGACCGUUAUUGUCGAGCAUGUGGUCUCGACUUUUAUGAACACAGUGAUGUUCGUGGCCAUCUCAGCGUUCCACGCUCGCAUUGCCGAUCCUGCCAUUGGCGGCACUUACAUGACUCUUCUCGCAACCGUCUCUAACCUAGGCGGCACCUUCCCACGCUACUUCAUCCUUAAGCUGGUCGACCUCUUCACCGAGGCCACCUGCAUUCCACCCACCGUCGCCCCACCUGCCGACACUCUCAAAGAUGCUCUCGUCACCACAGCCUUCUCCUGCGCCCUCGAGCCGGAGAAGAAUCGCUGCAUUAACGGUGGCGGCGUGUGCGAGGUCGGCCGCGACGGCUAUUAUAUCACCAACAUGCUGUGUGUGCUCAUCGGCACAGUCACUUUCUUCAUGUUCAUCAAGCCUGCUGCCAAGAAGCUGCAGAGUCUGCCGCUACGAGCGUGGCGGCUGGGCAAUGGCUCGGGUGGCCGCGAGUAA